AGGGGUUUAUGGUCAGUUGAGGAGUCCUCAAUGCCAACCAACGGACGAAAUACGCGAUGAGGGUUCACCUCCACCCCAGUCAGGAUACCUUCAGCAAUUGCAGAGGAGUCCUGCGUACCAUCAUUUGAAAGAUAGUGGGUAUAAGAGCAGUAACGAAUCAUCCCCAUCGGGGGGUGGUGGCGGGUCGACCACCCCCUUCCCCAUGGACGCCAGUGGAGGUCUGCACCAGCAGCAGUCGCCCCUGGACGAAUCUACCGCGGGAUCGCAAUCGCAGCUGUUCGCAUCGGCUGGCCAGCAACAGCAGUACGACGAGCACGAGUACCAGCAGCUGGAACACCAACAGCAACAGUUCCUGAAUAGCUGGGGCCUGGAGCAGAAGUACAACCCGGCCGCUGCCGCGCAUCCCUACGUCAAAGGGUACAUCAGGGGCGGUCGUUACAGCGAUCCGUACUCCGACUACCCCCAAUACGGCGACAGCGGCGGCGGCGGUUUCCAGACGGUCCCUGGCGGUGACCCUUCAGCCUGGUCCCACCCUGCCGCCCAGGAGCUGCAGCAGUUGGCCGCCCACCAUCACGCGCAUCCAGCUUUCCUGCAGGGCGGCGGCCAGCCCAACAUGGACACCAAGCCGCCCCUUGGGCUGCAAAACGGAUUGAUGGGACCGCCCGGACCUCCUGGGGGAUACGGACCGCCUGGAUCGGCGCCAGGUGGACCUGGGGGACCUUGCUUUACUGGUUCCGGUCCAAUUCAACUCUGGCAGUUUUUACUAGAGCUGUUGACAGACAAAUCCUGCCAAGGUUUCAUCUCCUGGACCGGCGAUGGUUGGGAGUUCAAAUUGACUGAUCCUGACGAGGUGGCCAGGCGAUGGGGUGUGCGCAAGAACAAACCGAAAAUGAACUACGAGAAACUGAGCAGAGGCCUACGUUACUAUUACGAUAAGAACAUUAUACACAAAACUGCUGGAAAGCGGUACGUCUAUCGGUUCGUAUGCGACCUGCAAACACUUUUGGGAUACAGCCCCGAAGAAUUGCAUGCAAUGGUAGAUCUCAAGCCAGAGAAGAAGGAUGACGACUGAUUCCAAACACACAUUUUCUCAACCCCACGAACUUUUCAAUAGACGGGCGUCAAUAAUUAAUUAUUCUUGAUGGUGCCUAAUUUUACAUCGUAUGCGUCGGAAUACAAACAACAUGCAACGCUCAAUUUUUCUUAAGUGUUGUUAAAACUGGACCUUAUUUGCACAAAUAUCCGUUCCUUAAAGAGUUUCGUAACGGGCUACGAAAAGUUACGGAACGCCAAUAUUAUAUGCUUUAUCGUGAAAAAUAUAUUUGUGUAUAUUUCAGUUUAUUAUUUUCAUUGAAGAUAGCUGACCUAAUGUCAUAUUCCGAAAAAUUGUCCUAGAUGAACAGAGAAAUCGUCAUGAGGACUUGUCACAGCUAAGAGAUAUAGCGAUAAUCAGAUUUACUUUGAAAACGUUAAAAUCUCCUAGAGGCUCUGUAGCUAGAUGCUGAAAUAUAACUGGCUACAGCGCCAUCUAAGAGACCAUCACCUUGUGACCUGACGUGGCAACUAUGCAUACCGAGCAGUCCGUGGGUCUUUAGCUCGUUUUUCCAAACGAAAGGGUCCUUACAGAAGGAGCGCAAACCUAACCAUUUGAUAUUCAAAGUUGCGCGUUUCUGAUUGGUAGAAAUUAAGAAGAGGGAAAUAGUCGUUUAAAAAUCCCAUAGCCUUGUUUCGGACAGACAACAUGGGGCUUCCAGGUUAAUUUCAUGUCAAUUGUCAACCUCAAAUGCUUUACCUCCAAUGGCCAUGGCAUGUUUCGAUUAAGGUGGCAACUACCUGAUUUUUUUAUCUGAUAAUUUCAUGGUGUGUAUAGAAAUGACUAAAAAACAAUGUUUUCAUUUUUUUUGUCAAAAAUGCAUUUUUUCCGCAUUUUUUCUCCAAUCGGAACUUGUUAACAAAUAUAAGUACAGCUCUGAAAUUAGGUGCGAAUAUUCCUCUUUUAUGAGAGAAUGGAACAAGUGAUUGCUUUUGUUCUUAUCACUUUUCUUUUUCGAAAAAUCUUUGAUUUUCUUGAGGCCUCGUCUCGCAGCAAUUUGAGUUGUCAAGAAAAGCAAAGAGAAGAGAAAAAGUGAUAAGAAUAAAAGUAAUCACUUGCUUCAUCCAUGAAAGUGGAAUAUUCACAUACAAUUUCAGAGCUGUACUAAUAUCUGUAAAGAAAUUACGAUCGAGGAAAAAAUGCACAUAAAAUGCAUAAAAAUACAUUUUAUGACAAAGCGAAAUUAAAAACGAUGUUUUUUAGUCAUCUCUAAACACAUCAUGAAGUAAUCAGAUUAAAAGGAUUUAGAAAACUGUUGCAAACAGGUAGUUGAAAAAGAAGCAUAACAAAAUGGCCUUAAAUACUCUCAACUACCCAGAUGCAAAAACGUAGCUUUCUUAGGAAAACAUCUUGGGCUUAUUGUGAAUUAACAUUGAUUUUACACAUACACCGCCUCCUGAAGGCAGUCAGCAACCUCUUGGGGGUAUAAGUAACAAAUUCUAGGGGACACGAUGGUUUUUCGGUUCGGGGCAAUGGUAUAAGUGUGAAUUUAAGCAACUCCUUAUUAAACAGUAUGUUUCAUUUGAUAUGUCUUGGGUAGCAUCGUAGUAUUAGCAUCUGAGAUGCUCUGGGGUUCCAGCAACGCAAGGCAAGCAGUGAGAAGUAGGAACCGACAGCCAUAUCAAUUUACAAAAGAUCAGGUUUCAGAGAUAAUCCACCCUUCUUUGGAGAGUUGAACUCCUCAACGCGCAACUUAGUUUGUUCUAAGUGCCUACAAAGUUCUAUGCAUUCAAAAGGUGUAUCUAUUCGAUGCAAAGUUAAGCCCUUGGUAAAAAGGCAAAAUAUUGCAACGUAAAACUCUCAACAACAUAAUUACCAACAGGGUCAUCACUACCCUGGGUUCGACUUAAAAUUUGCUGCGAUAAUUUAUCACUCAAAUAACGAGGAACAAAUUCUUCCUAAGAAGAACUAAACUAUCCCAAUCACUAGCAUUUUUUGAAAUAAGGUGAUAUUAAUUAAGUGCAUCAUCCUCAAAAUAUCAUGAGCACCUCUAAAAAGUUCUUGUUUAUUAACUUUCGUAGAAAUAGCAAGUUCCUCAACUUUUUGAAGAAAAGCUGUAAAACUAAGUCCAGAACUACCAGAAAAUUUUAAAUCCAAUUUCCAAACAGGAACUGGCUUAACAUUAUGAUUAAAUGAACUAGUAUUUUUCAGCUGAAUUACACCGGUAUUACGUGGUGGCUUGAUGCAUUAAAUUGCUGGGUUCGAAAGUUUGGAUCUAGAGGUUCAUCUACAUGAGCUACAAAAGUUUUACAAAAAUUGUCAUAUUCCACAAUUAAAUUUGACGAUUCUCUCAAUAUUGCAACUUUUUUAUCCUUAGUUUCUGAACUGUCUGGAAUUCUAUCUACUCUAGCAGUUAAAUGAGCGAAUUUAGUUUCGAUUUUGGGAUCAAAUUUGCCUGCUCCAGAAUAAGAGGAAAUUAAAUUUUUUAAACUUAAUCAAUUCAUCUUCUGGUUUCUCUAUAAUGAAUCUAUAUUCCCUACCCGCAGUUUCUUCUAAAAGAAUUAAGGAUCUAAGACGUUUUUUUAAUUCAUCAACACACACCUCUAAUUUGAAUCUCAUAUUCAAGUUCAUCUUUACUUAGACGUUCAAUACUUAGUUUAAACCUGUUGGUAAUCAAGAUAAUAAAUCAGAAUAACGCCCAAAAUAUGAAGUAUACUAGCUACAAAUACCUUUAAAUGCGCAAAUACUAACAAUUCUUGAGCACUAACAGGAAUGAGAUAAGAUCAGUGCCAAUGACACUUGUCAAAACUCAAAAACAUAAAACUAAUAAACUAAAUCUAGGUAUAUAAAAAAAACAAAUGUCUGUGUGUUCACUAUUUAUCCUUAAAUCUAUUUUUUUUCAUAUAGCACAAAUUGCAUUAUCGACUUCGUCAGUCUUUUGAUCACUAACUUUGUCGAAAUAUUCUCGGAUGGCACUAGUUUUCCUUGCAUUCGACAUUCUUAUGCAGUAUUAAGCUUCACGCAAGUCAGAAGAAAACGGUUUGACGUGCAUACAUGAAUGGGGUGGUAGUCUGCGAAAACCAAAAUUUGGCCAAUUUUGACCUCACAGACAAGGUUAAAAAUCGUUUUAAAAUAAUCUCAAAAUACCCUUCGGAGUCUUGUAGGAAGGUUUAAACUUUAAUUUACAUGUUUGAUGAUCUCAAAAAAUAUAAUUUUUAACCGAAUUUUCAAGCAUUGAAUAUACCCAUUUUUAGGGCUUUAAAGGGC